AUGGCCGCCCACGGGAGCUUGGUGGAUUUCGUUGCCGCGGACGAGACGGCGGCGCAGCUCCUGAGGCGGACGUGCGUAGAUCCGUUUUUCUCCGGCGUGCCUUUCGUCGAUCGGCACGUGCCCCUGCGGCCUGGCAGCGUGGUGGAGAUCGCGGGCCCGCCGGGCAGCGGGAAGACGGAGCUGCUGCUGCAGAUGGCGGUCAGUUGCAUCCUUCCGAAGACCUUCAAUGGCAUUUCUUUUGGCGGGCAAGAAGGUGUGGCAGUUUUCAUGGACCUCGAUGGACGCUUCGAUGCCAUGAGGCUUGUUCAGGUGCUUGACAGACGGCUGGCUGUGGCAUUGGGAACUCAUCAACAAGGUAGCGAUGCAGUCCCGACUUCUCUCCAUGAAUAUUGCCUUGCAAAGUUUCACUUGAUUCGCUGUCACAGCAGUUAUGACUUCUUGGCGGCUUUGAAGGUGCUGCCCAGGGUGUUGUCAAGGCUUGAGGCUUAUGGCAAGGCAAAGAUCCUGCUUGUGGAUAACAUCGCCGCAUUCUAUUGGCUGGACCGAGCCCACCACUCAGUUGCUUGCAAGGCACAACACAGCAUUGGCACUGAAUCGAAGGGUGCCUCGCUGGACCCUGUGGUACCUCUCACAAUGCAGCGUGUCCAAAGUAGCGUUGCAGAUGGACUGAAGAUGAUAUCAAGCCAGUUUCAGUUGAUCGUGGUCAUGAGCAAGUGUGUGAACGUGACUGUCCAACAGCCAGACAACUGCAAUCAAAAUCAAAUCCCCAGGUGGACAUACCGAGAUAUGCUCAUUCCACAGCUGGAGAAACUCCUGACGCAUCGUCUUGUAGUUGUUCCAUGCACCCAACUGGAAGAUACAAAAGAGGACACACCCACACCCAAAGAUCGAGUGACAGGAUCUGAUUUUGCAGCGCAAUGGCAGGUGCCACCCUCAGAUUGGACAGCAAAGUUUACUGUUACGGAUGGCGCACUUGAGUGCGACAUCUUGCGGCGGACUGACCACCCACGGAAGCGCCCCCAAUGA